GGAAUUGGUCAUUCUAGAGAUAUGUGCCGAUAUUUCAAAUUAAUAGAACAAACGGAGCAACGCACAAUCCCGUUUUUCACUCUGCUUCCGUUCAACACUUUUGGAGGCUAGGCACGAAUCUAGCUUGUAACCCCAUGAUAUAAAGGUCACCUGCUGGAAGGAAGAAAAAUUGUCAUGGCGUAAAUAGGAGCUUUCAUGAUUCUUAGCCGUUGACCUAAUCGGCCUCGUUUUUCCUGAUCAGUUUCUACAUUUGAUUUUCAAUCACCUCAAUAUGAGGGGCCCGGGGUCAAAAAUCAGCGGUAUGGCCAAUCCGGCGCUCCUGAACAAAGUUGACAAACUGUUUGCGAGCGGAGUUGGAGAAUACGUAUCUCUCCCGCAGAUUGUGGCCGUCGGAGACCAGUCUAGCGGUAAAAGUUCUGUUCUUGAAGCAUUAACCGGUCUGCCUUUCCCAAGGGACAGUGAUCUCUGCACCCGGUUCGCGACGCAGAUUAGGUUCUGCCGGGCACCAAAAGCGGAGAUUUCGAUAUCCAUCAUUCCGGCCAGCGGCAGCAGCGGGGAGCAUGCCGAAGCAUGCACCGCCUGGUCAAAGCCCGGCCUCGAGGACCUGGACCCAGAGACAUUUUCUAGCAUCAUGAGAGAGGCACAUACAAUUAUGGGGAUUGAUGGCGGAGUCAGCUUUUCCGACGACGUGCUCUGUAUUGAAAUAUACGGGCCGGAUCAAGAGCACUUUUCGGUUGUUGAUGUCCCCGGAAUCUUCAGAAAGACCACCGAAGGGGUCACAACCAAAGCGGACAAGAUUAAGGUCGAAGCGAUGGUCCGGCGAUAUAUGGAGAAUCCCCGGUCUAUCAUUCUGGCGGUCGUUCCUGCCAACGUGGAUAUUGCAACACAAGAGAUCCUGACGAUGGCUGAGGAAGUGGAUCCAGAUGGGCACAGGACUCUUGGGGUCCUGACCAAGCCGGAUUUGGUUGACAGAGGCGCUGAAUCGGCGGUGAUUUCCCUUAUUGAGGGCAAAAGGCACAAACUGACCUUAGGAUGGUGCGUUGUUCGCAAUCCUGGGCAAAGUCAGCUAGAGAGUUCAUCUGUUAACCGAGAAGCAAUCGAGACGGCCUUCUUCCAGGAUAACCCUCCUUGGAAUACUCUUGAGAAGGACAGGGUUGGCAUCGGUUCUUUGCGGCUUCGGCUGCAGGAGAUUCUCGCCAGUAACAUCCGUCGCGAGUUUCCAAAGGUCAAAAAUGAGAUCCAUAAGAGGCUCAAUGCCUGCAGGGAGCGUCUCGACAACCUCGGCGCAAAAAGAGAAACGGCGGAUGAGCAGCGUCAAUACCUUUUGGGUAUAAGUGAACGGUUCCAAAAAUUCGUGAUGUCCGCACUCUCUGCAGAUUACGUGGGCGAUGAUUGGUUUGAUAAGUCCCCAAACCUUCGUUUCGCUACUGCGGUCGUGAACCGCAAUGAGGCUCUCGCGAAAAUGUUGGCACAAUACGGUCACUCGUAUACUUUCGACGGAGAACAACGCGUUAGCUCAGAGGACGGAGAUGAAGGCGACAGCUCAGAGGACAGAGAUGACAAUGACGAAGAAAUCGAACGGAAACUUUCAGUCCGAGCCCAGAAGGACCCCGAAGGCUUGGAAGAGCUGCCGCCUGGAGAGAACAUGAUAGUUAGCCACACUCCUCGGGGUAUUUUCAAGUGGCUAUCAAAGGUCUACGGGACGUCGCGUGGUUUUGAGCUCGGUACCUUUGAUGGUUCGCUUCUUGCUAUGACGAUGAAGACUCAGUCGUCUAAAUGGGAGCCAAUCGCCGUCGGCUACAUCAAGGAUAUAAUCAGUAUGGCGCAUACGUUCGUCCGUGACUUAUUGCAUCUAGUCUGCCCGGAUCUCCGCGUGUGGGAAGGUCUCAUGUCGGUCCUUAUGGAUGAGCUCUUGGCGAAGUAUAAAGCUGCGCUCGACUAUGUCCAUUUCCUCCUCCGUGUCGAGAGGGCCGGAACGCCAGCGACUCUGAAUCACUACUUCGCCGAUAACCUGGAAAAGUGCCGCCAAAAGCGCAUUCGCGCUAAGCUGCAAAAGAAAGCCUUUAAAGAUAUCGACGGAAAACUUGUUGUCAGCCUUGAAGACAUUGUACAGAACCAUCACACGUCUAAUGUCGAGCAUGUCGUCCAAGAGAUCCAUGACAUCCUCCAAUCCUACUAUAAAGUCGCCCGCAAGCGCUUCGCGGACAAUAUAUGCAUGCAAGCAGCGGACCAUCAUAUCGUGACAGGGCCUUGCUCCCCGCUGAGACUCUUUGGCACGGCUUUCGUGAGCCACCUGUCCGAUGAACAGUUGAUGGAUAUCGCCGGGGAAGAUGCAGCCUCACGAAUGAAGCGUGCUACUCUGACUAAGGAGAUUGCAGGUCUUGAAGCUGGAAAGAAAAUUGUAUCCUAAUUCGGAUUGUAUGUACUGGAGCUAGG